AGAAAAUCUCACCGAGUGGGUGUAAACUUUUAAGUUUUCUCGCUCUUUUGGUGACAGAUGGACAUAAAGGCCAAUGAGGACGCAGUAGUAUUCUGCAGAAGCCAAUCAGAGGGAGGCAGAAAGUAAAGCCAAGCACGCGUUACACGCACAGGUUGAGCUGUUGUGUUGUCACUUCACGCACACAUAGUUUGAGAGAAGGAAAUCUAUGCGCAGCCCUCACCAUCCUUCUUAAACCGCAGCAUGAAGGAAGAAGAAUCUAGAACUAAAGCUUGUGAUUCGUUAACAGCUGCACACUGAGCUCCUCUACUUUCCCCACCUUUCUCUCCGCGGUUAAAAACUUGGGGAUAAGCAGUAAGGAGGAGGAGGAAGAAGAAGGAGUGAAGGACGCAAAUUAUGGUCAUUGUCAUCAUCUGUUCAGAAAGGAAGCUCGGUGUUCAGGGUGCAGAGUGACCGCCGUGGAUUUCUUUUUCUCUGGAGAAACUGAAUGUAGAGGGAGAGCAGAAGAGGCAGAGAAAAAAAACCUGUGAGGUCGUUUGUGUGUGCGUGCGUGCGUGUGUUUUCAUAAGUGGAGCUCGGCCGUGGGAGCAGAGUGGGGGAUGUCGAGCAAGAGUGGAGGAGCGCCUCGGGGGUGCAGCAACCCCAGCCUGCAGCCCCUCAGAGCCACAGUGCCAUACCACCUCCAGAGAGGCUCCGCUCUCCUGAGCAGAGAGGUCAAGACGGCCAACAGGAUCGCUGCUCGUCCUCCAAUACCCACCAUCCGCAGAACCCUGUCUUUGGACGCCAUUGUUGGACCCUACCUGCAGGGGCAGUGGCCCAAAGAGGCCGAGACCACCGCCGUUACCUGUGUCAAUGACAAAGCCACACAGACUCCAACUUCCUGGGCAGAGGAGAUCCAGGGCAGGAGGUGUGUUGGUGGACACAAGCGCUCGGCAUCAUGGGGGAGCGCAGAACACCUGAGGGAGGUGGCCAAACUUAGACACCAGUUGCAGAAGCGCUCCCGCCAUGCACCUCCCCCUGCAGGGUUCGAGCUCCCCCAUCAUUCUCAGCUGCCAGCCAGUUAUGCAGCUGGCGUCAUACAGACAACGCCCCUGAUGCCACUGAACAGACUCGCCACACGACUACGACGCAGUGUUGAAGGCCUGAACCUUGAGCUAGAAGAGGUCUUUGUGUCUGAGAAACCCAUCGAUCAGAGUGAGAUCUUGGAUACCCCGGACGGUCACAGGGCUCCUGCUCCUAUACAGAGAUGCAGUAGUGGUUCACAGAGUGAACCCUCUCCAGAACCCUUGGACCCUUCGCUCCUUUCUCCUUGUCCAUCCCCAUGUCCUUUAGAUCCAUCUCUUCUGUUGACUUCUCAUUCCUCUCAUGCCUUGAACCCACUGCUGUCACAAUCUCCAUGUCAUAUGGUGGAGCCAGAGCUGGAGGAUUGUAAGGUUCUUUGUCCCUCUCCAUCUAAACUGCUUCCUUCCUUUGCUCUGGAUCCACCUCUGAUGCAGCCCUGCUCCUCCUCUCCUCGGCCCAAUAAAACCUAUUCCUUUCAGCGUGAACCACCAGAAGGCUGUGAGCGAGUUAGAGUAUGUGAUGAGACAAUGUCUUCAUGUCAGAUUGAACCUAUCCUCCAGCCAUCUUGCCCUGACCCUAAUAAAGUGAACUUUACCCCCCACGGAGGUUCUGCUUUCUGUCCUGUCAGCCUUCCGAAGCCCCUCCUACCAUCCAUGGACCUACUAUUUCGUGGCCUGUCAGUCUCUCCUGUCACUGCCUGCUCAGAUCAAACCUCACCCACCAGGCAUUUAGGCAUGCAGUAGGUAGACUCUGGUUCCUGCUGGAAUUCACCACAGUGCACAGCCAGGAAGUGAACUGUUUGAACAACAAGAUGUUUUGCAUAUCCAGUUUGUCUCUGCUGUAACAUGCACAAAUUCUUCAACAGUUAGGUUUUUCUCGACCAGCAAAAGAAUAAUAUUGGACAAAGAAAUGUUUGCCCAUCCUAUAUGUGUGCAUCAGCACGCAUUUGAGCACUUGAGUAUAUAACCUCAGGACUCCAACUCUGGAAUGACUAAAUGAGUAAAUUCUGAUAAAAGACUGAUGUGUUCAUAUGUUUGGUUUUAAGACAACUCAAAAAAGGAUUCAUGCCUAGUGGGAUAAUUAUUUUUCCAAACCAAGUGAAUUCAAAGGCAAAAAACCUGAGCACUUAGCACUUGUACUGAAAUAAUAAUUCUGUUUAUACUGGUAAACAUUGGUUUCAUCUUCAUUUGCGACCUCUAUAAAAAUGUAAAAUUGCAUUUCCACCAAUUAUUUUAGGGAUAUAAAUAUAGAAUUUCUGUAUCAUAAUGGAGAAAAUGAACCAAAUUCAUGUCGCUUGGUUCAUUUACAACUGCUGUAAAGAAUUAUUUUCAGUGCUAAGGAAGACUCUCACCAAUCUAUGUCUUGAUGGUUGUAUUAAGGACUUGGCAUUACCAACAAAGUACAUGUCUCUCAGCAUUUUAUUAGCUUGGAGGCGUGCAUGAGAUGGAUGUUGCUUGUUUUGAACGGUCUUCUGUUACAUCUGUUUCAACACCAAAAUUAACGUUACCUUUGAUUGCAAGGAAAUAAAAUAAGAAUAUAUUCCAAAAUAUAAAUGCUGUGUUUUUAAUACUGCAAUACAAACAGCAAAUAGCACAAGGUGAAUUUAUUAUUGUGGUGCUUUGGCCCAGAGGCAAUGUCUCUGUCAUUGGUGUGGAACCCCAGGAUUCACCUCCUGGGCAAGAUCAAAUCCCGGUUAG